ACCUGAAACGUGUGUAGAAUCGUCUGAUACCUGAUAGGUAUCACACCAUACGUACUCGGGAUCAUCCUAUUGUGUAGAAUCAUCUGAUAUCUGAUAGGUAUCACACCUGAUACCUGCUCGGGAUCAUCCCGUUUGAAAACGGGAUUCCGUUAUAUAGCAGCGCACAGUGCGAGUUUCAAACCUGUAGGCUGAGCAUUGAAGUUUUGUAGAAAUUAUACGAGCAACCGAGGCUUAAACUCUCCCCUCAAGUGGUUCGCGAGAAGGCACCUCCCUUAACACUCGCAUAGACUCACCGUGUCGCCGGCUCGCUCUAAUGGAGCCCAAUUCAAAACAGAGUCAGACCGUGGUGCUGCACACCAUCCUUGGCGCCGGCCAUCUCGCCCCCAUGGUGGAGCUCGCCAAGCUCUUCCUCGGCCGUGGAUUCGCAGUCAUCAUCGCUGUCCCGACCCCUCCGGCUUCCACCGCCGACGUCGCCGCCUCGUCGGCCCCCGCGGUGGCGCGCAUCGCCGCCGCCAACCCUUCCAUCUCCUUCCACAACCUCCCGCCUCCGGACUACCCCGAGCCGGACCCUGACGGCUUCCAGCAGCUGCUCGACGUGAUCCGCCUCACCGUGCCAAUCCUUCUGACCUUCCUCCGCUCCCUCCCGCCCGUCGCCGCCGUCGUGCUGGACCUCUUCUGCGUCGACGCCCUCGACGCCGCCGCGGCGGUCGGCGUCCCGGCGUACUUCUACUUCACCUCCUCCGCGGGGGUCCUCGCCGCGUUCCUCCACCUCCCCCACUACUUCGCCACCACGGAGGGCGACUUGAAGGACAUGGGGAAGGCGCUCCUCCACUUUCCCGGCGUCCCUCCGAUCCCGGCGUCGGACAUGCCGCACAACGUGCUCGACUGCGCGGACGUGAUCGGUGCUUCGCUGGUCUAUCACUACCGCCGCAUGCCGGAGGCGCGGGGCAUGCUGAUCAACACCUACGAAUGGCUGGAGGCGAAGGCCGUGACGGCGCUCGGGGACGGCGCGUGCGUGCCCGACCGCCCCACGCCGCCGGUGUACUGCAUCGGGCCACUGAUCGUGAAGGGCGAGGACGCGGCGAAAGGAGAGCGCCACGCAUGCCUCGCGUGGCUUGACGCGCAGCCGGAGCGGAGCGUCGUGUUCGUCAGCUUCGGCAGCAUGGGCGCCGUCUCGGCGGAGCAGCUGAAGGAGAUUGCUCGUGGGCUAGAGAAUUCCGGCCACCGUUUCCUCUGGGUGGUACGGAGCCCACCACCGGAGGACCCGGCCAAGUUCUCCCUGCCGCGUUCUGAGCCAGACCUGGGUGCUCUGCUCCCGGAGAAGUUCUUGGAGAGGACGAGGGAGAGGGGAAUGGUGGUGAUGUCGUGGGCGCCGCAGGUGGAGGUGCUCCGGCACGCCGCGACCGCCGCGUUCGUGACGCACUGCGGGUGGAACUCCAUCCUGGAGGCGGCGACGGCCGGAGUUCCGAUGCUGUGCUGGCCGCAGUACGCCGAGCAGAGGCUGAACAAGGUGCUCGUGGUGGACGGGAUGCAGCUCGGGGUGGUGAUGGACGGCUACGACGAGGAGCUCGUCAAGGCAGAGGAAGUGGAGAAGAAGGUGAGGCUGGUGAUGGACUCCGACGAAGGCAAGAAGCUCAGAGGAAGGCUGGCAAUGGCGAAGGAGAUGGCCGCGGAGGCGCUGGCAGACGGCGGGCCGUCGUGCACGGCGUUCUCUGAUUUCGUGGAUGAUUUGCAGCGCUGCAAAUGAUGAAGCGUCGAAGAUGAUCAGGGAUGAUCCCUUGUGCCUGAUCGGCGACUCGACAAGAUUGCUGCUGAGAGGUGACACUUUUGCUCUGAAUUAUGCUCUGUCCGAUUUGGUGUUUUAUUGCAGGUUGUCACAGUUAGUCAGGUUAGCAGAUUCAGUGCUUCAGUUUCAACUUACACCCAUUAUGGACUAGCAGAAACUUGUUUAGGUUUCGUUCAAUAAGGUUAAACCACGCAGCAUCUGGUGCUAGCGGUCUGUUACUUCCAGAUUUCCUAAUUGACAAGUAUGGCCAGAGAGGAAGACAUGAUUUUUUUUUUCGUUUCAAAAAAAAAAAAAAAGAAGACAUGAUUUUUACCUUCUUUGGUA